GAUUCAUCUCCAGCCAGGCCCGGGGAAGGAACUGCGCUCCAGCAAGUUGCAGGGUAGCUUCCAGGCUGGUGGUUUCCCCUAGGACCAUGUUUCCCCCCCUUUGCCGUUUUAGAUGUGUGUUCUUUUAGGUGCCGAGCAGUCGGCAAACCACAGAAGAAAAAAAUUGUAAGGCUGCUGCCUUAUUAGUAUGACGCUUUUUUCCUUGUUUAUUCAUUUUAAGUUCUGUAAUUGGUAAAACCACCCAAGCUUUGUAAACUCUGGCCUUAAUUCACUCGCGAGGCUGGGGUGUCUUUUUUUGGGAGGGCGAGUGGGUGGGAGGCUGGCUUUAAUUUUCAGUGUAAUCCUAAAACAGAGGCUCCAAAGUCUAGUUAGUCAUCGUUUGGCUGCCUUAGUCCUCUUCGGGUUUAACCUUAUUUCCACGGAGCUUUUCCUGCCGGCUUCUCCAUCGAAGUUACAAAACAAAAACAGCACAGAGCCGAAACUGGAGGCAGACUCGGGCGCUGACGUCUCUACUAGGCUUAUUUACGCCGGAGGAAGAAAGGCCCAAAGGAGAAGCCCGGGCGCCCGGCUGGUGUCGCUGCCGCCGCGGAGCGAGGGAUGCGGGCGGCGUGCGCGCAGCAGGGAGGAAGGAUCGGGUUUCUGGGCCCAGCCGCCCUCACGAGGGACGGGUGACAGCGGCCGGAGAGGCGCGGAGUGAGGCAGCGCGGCCCGAGCGCUCGGUGCUGUCCUCCCCAACUGGAAGCGCCGAGGUACGACGAGGAGGAGCGGGGAACAAAGGAGAGGAGUGGGGAGGGGAGCGAGUUGGGCGAGGGAGAGUCCCCAAGCCGGCUGCCAGAAGAUCCCGGCAGGAGGAAGCCCAAGUGUCACUUGAAUUCCACCCAAGGAGCGGGCGCCUGGGAUCCGAGCGCCUUGAUUAGCAAUAACGGCUGGAGCGCGUCCUAAAGUUACGGGAGAGUCGGUCCGGAAGGAGGACAAUCGCGCGCCCCCCUCGCCCCCGCUCCUGGCCCCUCGAGACCCCAGCAUCGCCUCGCGCUGGAAGGGGACCUCCAGAAUGAAAAGCAAGAAAGGUGUUGUUGCGGCAUCAGGCAGUGAGACGGAGGAUGAUGAUAACAUGGACAUCCCCCUGGACCUCUCCUCCUCUGCUGGUGCAGGCAAGAGAAGGCGAAGGGGCAACCUGCCCAAGGAGUCUGUUCAGAUUCUCCGCGACUGGCUGUAUGAGCACCGAUACAAUGCCUAUCCCUCGGAGCAAGAGAAAGCAUUACUGUCCCAACAGACACACCUGUCUACACUACAGGUCUGUAACUGGUUCAUCAACGCCCGCCGCAGGCUCCUCCCAGACAUGCUGAGAAAAGAUGGCAAAGAUCCAAAUCAGUUCACAAUUUCCCGCCGUGGGGCCAAGAUUUCUGAAGCUAGCUCUGUGGAGUCAGCCAUGGGCAUCAAAAACUUCAUACCAGCUCUAGAGGAGAGCCCAUUUCACUCCUGUACAGCUGGACCAAACCCAGCGCUGGGGAGGCCGCUGUCUCCCAAGCCGUCGUGCCCAGGAUCGAUAUUGGCGCGUCCGUCAGUGAUCUGUCAUACCACUGUGACUGCCUUGAAAGACGGGCCUUUCCCUCUCUGCCAGCCGGUAGGUGUGGGACAGAACACAGACAGACAGCGGGUAGCGGCGGGCAGCUUCACAGACACCUCCCUCCUGUACCCGGAGGACUCGUGUAAAUCUGGACCAAGUGCAAAUCCACAGAGUGGUCUUUUCAACACUCCGCCCCCUACUCCGCCGGACCUCAACCAGGAUUUUAGUGGAUUUCAGCUUCUAGUGGAUGUUGCACUCAAACGGGCUGCGGAGAUGGAGCUUCAGGCUAAACUUACAGCUUAACCCAUUUUCAAGAAGAAAAGUUUUCACAGGUGUUAUGAUUGUCGGGGUGAUGGCAAGAGUCGAACUGCAUUAUUUUAUAUAUUUUUUUAUUAAUAUUUGCACAUGGGAUUGCUAAAGUGAAGCUUCCUGUUACUGAGAGGUCUUCAAUGGAAUACAGUCAUUCCAAGAACUGCAAACUCAAAGCUACUGUAGAAACAAAGGGUUUUCUUUUUUAAAUGUUUCUUGGUAGAGUAUUCAUAAUGUGAGAUGGUUCCCAAGAUCAUGUGAUUAUUUUUUUUCUCACUCUCUCCCCUUCCCUUUUUUUGUUCGUUUUUUUUUUUUCAGACUGUGCAAUACUUAGAGAACCUAUAGCAUCUUCUCAUUCCCAUGUGGAACAGGAUGCCCACAUACUGUCUAAUUAAUAAAUUUUCGAUUUUUUUCAAACAAGUAUGAAUCUAGUUGAUUGAUCCCCCUUUUUUUCAUGAUGUAAUAAAGUAUUUUCUUUAAAAUUUAUUGUAAUACAGAGUAUUUUGUUGAGGGAGGCAUUAAAAAUGAGUAGGAUUAUAGCACCCAAUGAGCAGGAAGUUGGGGGUAGGGUGGAGUGUGAGUUAGGGGGGUAUCACGAGCUCUUUGAAGAACCGUGGACAACAAGCCAGUACUUAUAAACAGGAUGUGUGAUAUUUACUCUUGAUAGGAGGCGUAAGCAGGCCCUUAAAUCUUGACUUAAAACUGCAUGACAAAUUGAAAUGAUUCAUUCUAUCAGUGUUUAGCUAACCACCAAAUCCCUUGGUGAUCUGUCCUGCAUAUUUUAAGAUAUGGCCAGUGUUGAAAAAAGGUCUCAAAACACCUCAUUAGGGCAUAAGUUUUCAGAAGUAAACAACAACCCAAGGGGUCCCUCUGUAUUCCCCUCUUUAACAUCACCCUUUAAAAGAAACUUUAUCAAGUGCUACAGUUACAUUAGGCCUCUACAUUCAAACACGGCCUGAAUUUGUAAAGAAGUCACCUCUUAAAACAUUUUCUAAAGUGAUUAAAACAGUGGGGUUCUGUCUGCCAUGGGAUUCUUCAUGUAUUAGGUUUAUUUUCUAAGGUCACAGUGGGUGAAAGCUGGUGCCAUACACAAGUGGAGUUUGUUGGGAUAGACAAUUACUUACGAAGCCAGGAUAGCCAGAAGGGAGUUGAGGGUGUUCCUUUCACUUACAUGGUUGACCAGAUUUGUCACAUGCCACAAAACCAUUCUUUGUAGUCAUGCUUAGUGUGAGGUUUCUUUGUUAUUACAGUCCUGUUCUUUCCAGCCCCACUCCAGCUAGGAACUGGCUGAGUUUGAGGCAAUAUCAGAGCUUUAGUACGGCUUAAAGAAUGUAGAAAAAUUCUUUCAAAAUUAAGCUUGUCUAAUUUUGUCAACUUCUUAGGAAAGUCCCUACUGUAGAAAGAGCUAAACUCAAAGUCUUGUAAAUAGAAAAGCAACGCUGAUAAGUAAAACGAAGAGGUGGACCUCAAGUACGUGAGGCAAAGGUGUGCUCUGGCCUGUGACGGGUACAGCGCCGAAGGGCAUCUCAACCACAGGGUCACAGAAGUAGAUAUAAACCAGAAAAAGCAAUAAUAAAGUGAAUAAAAGGAAAGACUAUCAAAUGUAAGUGAAAUAAACAAAGAUGACUAAGACUCAUUACCUGCUCUAAUAGCUAGAUCAAAGACGAAAAUUCUUUGAAUAGAGAUAAGGGAGACCUGUGAGUCCUGAAAGGCUUCCCUUGUUAAGAGGUUUCAUUAAUCGUACUAGCAGGGAGAGAGAAGGAGCCAUUUGAGUGAUUUUGAAAGAGAAAUGUCAAGGGUCAAAUGAAGCCCAAAGGUUUAAAACAAACAAAAAAAAGAGUUGUCCAAAAUUACCUGUGUUGUUGUUGUUUUUUUUUUUUAAUCUCUUGAGGUUGAUACAGAUCCUGGUUGAUAAUAACUGGUGUGUAAUAAAUGUAAACCAUUAAAAAAAACCCAGGUAAAUAUAAUUGGAACAUGAAAUGUAAAAGACCAUAUAACUAUUCAUAUUGAAGCCAAAUAGAAAUGAAUUUCGUGCUUAGUAUUUACAUGAACUCUUUUCACUUACUUUUAGCCCUGUGUUUUUGUGUUUAAAGUUCAUCCCUUUUCGAUAAGAUACUGUUGGGUCUUGCUUUUUUAUCUAGCCUAACAAUCUUUGCCUUUUAUUUGGUGUAUAUACUUGAUUUAUGUUUAAUAUAAUUUUUUGUUUACUUUUUUUUAAGUUUUAGUUUUAAUU